AUGGCGUGGCAGUGUACUGGUAGGUCCAACUUUCAGUUGAUCGAAAACCUCUUCACUGCCGACCUUAUUAAGAGCCAAAGAGUGAAAAAUGCAAUGUUGAAGGUUGACCGUGGCCAUUAUUCCCCAUCCAAUCCCUACAAUGAUUCUCCCCAGUCAAUUGGAUUCGCAGCGACUAUCUCUGCCCCGCACAUGCACGCGCAUGCCUGCGAAUAUCUGCUACCUUUUCUCCAUCCCGGUGCUCGGGUCCUUGACAUUGGCUGCGGCUCGGGAUAUCUCAGUCAUGUUUUCGCCGAGCUGAUCACAGAUGCCCCUGCUUCGGAUGGCUGUGUUGUUGGCAUCGAUCACAUCCAGGGCCUGGUUGACUUGUCUCUAAAGAACUUAGCCAAGUCGGAAGAAGGCCGCAAAUUGCUCGACUCCGGAAAGAUUAAGAUCGUCAAGGGUGAUGGGCGCAAAGGCUGGGCUGAAGGUGGACCAUACGAUGCCAUCCACGUUGGUGCAGCGGCAGCAACGAUGCAUUCAGAACUGAUAGAUCAACUGCGAGCUCCAGGCCGGAUGUUCAUCCCGGUUGAUGCUGAAUCUACCACCAGUGUACUGGGAUCUCAAGGACAGCAUGUAUGGAUUGUGGAUAAGGCGGAAGAUGGCUCUGUUAACAAAAAAAAAGUUUUCGGCGUCAGCUAUGUUCCUCUAACGGAUGCACCUGAGGAAUAG